CGCAUGUGGGCUAACCACCACGUGCAGAAAUCUUUCAGUUUUUCAAAAACCAAUAGUCUUCAACUUAACUCGAUUAACUCUCUGGUCUAUCUAAGAUAUUGAUCUAUGUACUGUGUACUGUGCGAUCACGGGGAACCGUGUUUGCUGAAGACUGGGCUAAAACCAGGGCCGUACCUGAACAAGUCUGUGUACAUAUGUGCCAGGGCUCAGAAUAAAUGUCCCUUUGUCGAACACUCGAAACAAAAGUUGAGGGAAUGUCCUGUGCACAAAGUUUUGAUCUCAGUACAAGUGUUGAGCAAGGAUGGGAAGACCUCCAAAUUCUAUUGUUCAAAUCAGGAGAAGCAAAGAUUUUGUGGAAGAAGUCCUAUAAGUUCAGACAAAGAGACCCGAGUAACCAUGGUGGGCAAUCAGUCUACUCAAAUGAAAGCUAGAAACUGUGCUACACCCGCUGAUCCGCAAUGUUCCCCUUGCCUUAAUGACACUGAUCACAGCUCAAGUGGGUCAUUAGGUGGGGGCAGUGUUGCUAGCCAGGAGCUGAGUGCUGAUCGACUCUCUUCCGGAGUGCAAGCCAGUUACAAGACAGAUUUAUUUGAUAAAAGACAGCCCAGAAACGAUCAAGAUUGUGACAACUCAAUCAAUUCAACAGAAAAAUCUGAAUCUGGUAGCGAAUCUGAUUCUAAUUCGUCAGACAAUUACACCUCACGCUCUAACUCAUUUCUGUCCGAGAAUCAUAGCAGUGGCUUAGUCGCCAAUGUUAGUCAAUCUACCUCCCUUCAUUCUGACAGCCAACAGAUCUCUCCUAAAGAAGAUUAUGAAAUUAAAACUCGCGAGGCUGAAUUAGAUCAAGAGGUUUCAAUGAGUGGGCCAUUUGCUUGUGCAGAAUCAGCUAAUCCUGACGAGUCAAGAGAUAGUGAAAUGGACACUGAGGAUCCCGUCAAUAUGACCCAUCCUGAUGUCCCUCAAUCCCCAAAUGCUGAUUACAAUAGUAAGGAUCCCGUCAACCAAUAUGAAUCACCAAACUGUUUCUCUCCAAAAGUUGACCAAGAUUCUGUAGAGUCAGUGCAAGCUGUCGAUGAUGACGAUAGUGAGGAUCCUGUCAACGUGGCCCUUCAAUACGAACCACCAAACUGUUCCUCCCCAAAAGCUGACCAUCGUUCUGACGAUAGUGAGGAUCCCGUUAAUACGACCCAUCCUGGUGUCUCUCAAUAUGGACCACCAAACGGUUCCUCUCCAAAUGCUGACCAAGAUUCUGUCGAUGAUGAUGACAGUGACGACAGUGAUAUCCUGUGCACAGGAUCUGAACUAUUAACUAAUCAUAACAAGUCGAAAUCACCAGCUCUAGUUGAAUCGAAUACAGCCAGUGUUGGGUUCUAUUUGGGUGCACCGAGUUUCAGUUCCAAACCAUUGAAGGAAGAUGUGGACACACUCUACAGACCCAGUACCAUGACAACAAAUUCGGACGAGAAUAAAGAGCCCACUCAUUCUGUGAAGACUGGAGCCACUCGUAGUGAUCCUGUGGACCUAGUCGGAGAUGACACGCAGAAAUUCAAAGUCGGCCACCAGACAAAGACUGUAAUGCGCCAGUACUUGGAGAUUGAGCACAUACUACAGACGCAAGCGGCCCACUUCCCAGACGGAGGGGCACAGCUGAGGGCACAGAAAGCAAUGCUCAGAAGAAGAUUAGACCAUUUGAAUGCUGCUCCCCCCAAAGUGCUCAGCUUAGAGGAAACUAGCCAGAUUCUCAAGCAGAGGAACAUUGUGGCUCAGUCAAAGAUGCUCACCACUGGAGCCAUUGUACAUCUGCACUCUUCCCUUGAGAACUGUCCCACUGAGGACACCCUGGCUGACGACCCUCCAGGCCUCUCUGUCCCUCUCAUGAUCCAUCAAAGGAGGGCACUUGCCUGGAUGGAGUGGCGGGAGAAUCAGACACCAGCUGCUGGGAUACUUGCUGAUGACAUGGGUCUUGGCAAGACUCUCUCUAUUCUGUCUCUAGUCUGGCUAAAGAAGGGUAGCCGUGACGAUAUACGAGCCUGGAUGAGACAACCACCUCCCAGAGCUGGAUUCGUCAAGUCUCCAGCCACACUCGUGAUUUGCCCUGCCUCGCUGUUACUGCAGUGGGAGGAGGAAGCUAGGAGCAAAAUCAGUGGCCGUGUGUCCAUCUAUAUCUACCAUGGCAAGAAGAUCACACACGACCCUUACGACCUGGUGAACUAUGAUCUUGUGGUGACCACCUACGCCACUGUGGGCGGAGAGGGAACCUCCUGUGCCCCAGAUGAGCCCGAGUCCAAGGUGCCCAAGCGUAAGAAACGAACUGUGUCGCACACCACGCUGUUUCAGAUCCACUGGAGGAGAGUGGUUCUAGACGAGGCCCACAAUAUCAAGAACCCAAAGUCUGCCACAUCAAUGGGAGCCUGCAAUCUGAGUGCUGACUACAGGUGGGCAGUCACGGGCACACCCAUUCAAAACUGCCUCAAAGACUUCUACAGUCUCAUCAAGUUCAUUCAUCUGGCACCCUUUGACGACUACAAGAUCUGGAAGGACACAGUGGAGAAGAAAAAGACGGUGGGUAUGCAGCGACUCAACACGAUGGUGUCUAGUCUGGUUCUUCGUCGGACCAAAGCUGACCUCAACCCAGAUCAUCUCUGCCUCACCAAGAAGAUCGUGAUUCAGCACAGUAUCAAACUGAGUGAAGAUGAGAUGGCUAUUCAUCGCUACAUGUUCAUUGAGGCCAAGAAGGUGAUGAUCACCUGGCUAACGGAGAAGGGAGAGGACGUACGUGAAGAAACUGACUCAGCUGAAGUUGUGGUCCUCAAGCCUCACAUAGAACCAAUCAUUACUCAUCUAAUGAGAGGGGCCGCGGCUAGGAGGGGCAGCGGUGUCCUGUGGUUGCUACUCAGACUGCGUCAGAGCUGUUGUCACAUGAAGCUUCUGGUGAAUGGUAUGGACGGGUCUGCUCCAGAAGCUAGCAGCAAAGAUGAUGUUGACCUUGAUCUAAUGAUGGACACCCUCACUCUAGACAACCCACCACCUCCUGAAAUAGACCUGAGUGACCUUCCUGCCAUAUUCAAGCAAGAUGAAAUGAGCACCAAGGUUGCUGGUGUAGUCAACGAAAUCACCAGGAUCAUCUCCAUUGAAGACGACCCACCACAAAAAUGUGUGGUUGUGUCCCAGUGGACCAAUAUGCUGGACAUCGUAGAGUACCAGCUGAAUAUUACUGGGAUCUUCUGCACCAGGAUCGAUGGAAAGGUGGUUCCUGGGGAGAGACUGAACAGAGUAAAGCAGCUGAACUCUACAAGAAAGAACCCAUCUGUGAUGCUGCUCUCUUUGCAAGCCGGGGGAGUGGGUCUCAACUUGGUAGGAGCCAACCACCUCUUCCUGUUGGACAUGCAUUGGAACCCCGCCCUUGAGCAACAGGCAGCUGAUCGUUGUCAUCGGGUGGGACAGAAACGCGAUGUCCAUAUACACAAGUUUGUGUGUGCCGGCACUGUGGAAGAGAAGAUACUUCAACUUCAGGAGAAAAAACUUCUGUUGGCUAGCGAUGUGAUGAGUGGUGCUUCACAGAGAAAUCGCUCUACUGCCAGCAAGUUGUCUCUCACGGACCUCAGAAAUCUGUUUGAGCUGUAAAACUGAAACUGUAAUGACAAGUGCAAAGACAAUUGAUUUUUAUCUGUAUGCAAUGUAUAUACAAUGUCUGUGUUUGUGUUGUGUUGAAUUAAUGUUGGAUUCACGCCGCCCUUGA